AUGCGGGACGAGCUGCGCCGGCAUCAAAGCCUCGGCUCGGAGGAACCACAGAUAAAAUUCAACGAGGCCCCGUUUGACGCCGUCUUUGACGUGGGCGAUGAACUCGGCAGCGGGCAGUUUGCUGUGGUGCGAAAAGUUGUGAAAAAAGCCACCGGCGAAGAAUUUGCGGCGAAGUUUAUCAAGAAACGACGAUAUGCAACAUCGAGACGCGGUGUCACCAGGGCGAACAUCGAACGCGAGGUGUCUGUGCUACGUACCGUGGGCGGUCAUAGCAAUGUGAUCGAGCUGCACGAAGUCUACGAGACCCCGAGUGACGUCAUUUCUGGUGCUCGAGCU